CUGAUAAGACUUAAGAAUUUGUCACGCCUGAACAAUACUUUAGUCAUAUUAUUUGACAUCUGUGUUUAUAACACAUCUUAAGAGUCAUAUUCAGUGCCUUUCGCCGUGUAUAAGUCCCAAGAAAAAGGAUAAUAAAUCUCGGCUUAUAACUGCUAUUAGUGAAAAGUAAUACCAAUUAUGAAUCAGUUCCAAAAGUCCUACGAAUUGUAUGACUAUAAUCUGAUAUUCAUUCGACGGCUGGCAGAUGUUUGUGGUUUGGAUAUAAUGGCGAAAAAUUACACCUUCAACUUCCGUACACUUCUUAUUCUAAUCUUGACGAUAGUUUCCACUGCCAGUGUACUCCACAGUUACGUGUUUUACUACCAAAAUUGGUUCAGAAUUUUGGAAACGACAGUUCUGAUCUCACUGAUAAUGCAAGCCAUCGUAAAACUAUACAAUGCAUAUAUUCAUCGACAUUUCUACGAAACAAUGUACGAUCGCCUGCGAGACUUUCAUUACAAAUAUCGGAAUCAUAAAAAUCAUGAACAACUGUUGCUAGUGAUGGAAAAGAUACAUAUGGUCACUAAAGCAUUCUUUGCGUCAUACAUAGUAACCGGAUGUUGUUUUUUCGUGUUUCCAGUUUACGUUUAUUUGACUGAACGAAGAAGGGAAUUGUUAAUAAGUAUCAGAAUUCCUUACAUAGAUGCUGAUUCCGUCAGUGGAUACGUCGUAACAAUGUGUUUUCAGUCAUCUUUACUGGUAACGUUUGUGAUUGGUUUCACUGCAGCUGAUUCGGUUAUACUGCUGUUUGUUUGUAGUUUGAUUGCUAUUGUCGAUGUUUUUACAUACGAUUUGAGAGAAUUGACAGCGAUGCUGAACGAAACUUAUCCAAAUAGAUUUGCGAUACGAAAAAGAAUGCGGCAGUUAUUCAUGCAGCAACUGGAAAUUAUCGAAUACGAAUCCGACCUCGAUGAGCGAUAUUUUGUAUCCUAUUUCAUCCAAAUUUUGUCAGGAGUUAUGGGAAUAACAAUCACAUUAUUUUUGAUCUACAAAGCGAACUAUGUUCAAGGAUGUGCAUUACUUCUAUCCUUGUUUGGACAGUUGCUAGAAAUGUGUUUGCUCGGAACAAUUUUCUCGAUCAAAAACGAAGAAAUCACCGAAGCAUUUUAUGGCAUGGACUGGUAUUUGAUGGAUAUAUUGGAGCAAAAGUGUAUUGCACUAAUGCUCCAUAAAAGCCAACACUUUGUGCAGAUGACUGUAGGAGGACUGAGGCCUUUGAAUAUGGAAACAUUUAUAGUGAUUAUAAAAUCCAUUUACACAUACUUAAUGAUGUUGAUUACCGUUUUCAAGUGAAGAACAUUUUUGUAUGCUUUGUAGUUUGAGUGCGCAACCACCUUAAAAAGCGAAUUUCUCACCUACUUCGUCUCUUUGAGCAUAUUUUUAUGUGUUUACCUUAUGCGUUUCGAAGUCGUGUGACUGGCGUCAAACUGAACAUCAUCUACUGGUCUAUUGAAUUUGGCGUUUUUGUGUUCUAGUAUUAGUAAUGUUGUU